ACUAUGUUCUAUACUAUAUACCCUGUUGUGUGUUCAUUGGUUAUACACAUGAACUAGUUGCGUCUCAUGGGAAGGUUGACCUUGUAAUGUGAUAAGAUUAGAACUGGCUUGCUGCUGAUUUCCACAAACUUAACGAUCCGUUCUUAGACCUGGGCACUCAAUUAAGUAGCUUAAAACUGAUUCCCAAAACAGCUCAAUUCCUUUGAUAGCCCCUGUAGAUACGAGGUCUGCUUUUGAUGCAAGUUUUGUUUGCGAUCUAACUGCCAGCAUCCAUGGAACUGCUCAGCUUGGAGGAAUGUCGCUUGAUAGCAUUACGUACGCUUCACCUGGAAACAGACGAUGAUAAUUUGGUUUUAUUGGAGCGACAACUCGAUGCGGGCUCGAAUGAUCUAAUGGGCUACAUGGGCGAGUACUAUAAGUUGCGCUUGGAAUUGAAAGACACAAGAACUAAAACGAAACAUAAUUUGCAAUACUUUGUCAAAAGUUUACCCCGUAAAAAUGCACCGCUUAGAGCCAAAUGUGAACGCAAUGGGGUCUUUCGCAAGGAAACGGCCAUCUACAGGCAACUGUUGCCAAAUAUACAGAGAUAUGCAAGCCGCAAGAUCUUUCCGCAGUGCUAUUACAGUCGAGACGACAUAAUGGUACUAGAGGAUCUCACUCUGCAUUAUCGACAUCUCAAAACCACGGAGAGUCACACCAUCGAACAUUAUAAAUUGGUACUGCAACAUUUGGCAGCUUUGCACGCCGCAAGCAUUGCCUGGGAGGAGGCCGAACAAUUUAAUAUUGGCGAUCGCUACAAGAAUGUGUUCAACGAGCUGCUAAUGAACAAGAAGUCUGAAUGGUUUGUCACAGGCUUCAAGGGCAUCGUUUUCUUGGCUGCACGACACAAGAAAUACCAAACGGACAUCGCUCAAAGAUUCAUCAGGGAAAAACUUUACCAGCUGCUGACCAAAUCGGACCAUCUAGUAGAACCCUCGAAAACCAUUCGAAGUGUGCUCUGUCAUCGAGAUACUUGGGAUCGUAAUAUACUGUUUGGUUUCGCCAACAAGAAUGACAGCCUGCCCAACUCCUGUUGCAUUGUGGACUUCCAGUUGACCGAGUAUUGCUCCCCCACAUUGGAUGUGCUCUUCGUGCUCUAUAUACUCGUGCCCUCGGUCAGGGAGAGACGUGAGAUUUAUGAGCAGGCACUGGAGCAUUAUUAUGAUUGUCUCCAAUCCGAAUUUAUGCGACUUGGCCUACCCACUAAUCUGAUUAGUAGAGAGAACUUUAUGGAGGAUUGCAAACGCACACGCCUGUUUGGUCUGACAGUUAAAGCCUUAACCGAGCCACAGACAAAGAUGUCGGCGAGCAUAUCCAACAAAUUGAGCACAGAGGAGCCUGAGAAAUUUGAUUAUUACCUCAACUGUGAUCGUAGCGAAAUGUAUCUGAGAGUGAUGCAAAUGCAGCCGGACUACGAAGAAACGAUAAUGGAGCCCAUCGAGGAGCUAGUUGAUUAUCUGAUGGAGCACGAGCAUCUAGAUGUUUAAGUGAAUACAAUCGUGUAAUCUUAACAGCUGUUAAAUCUGUAAAUUCGUAAAUCUGUAAAAUAUGUAGCGUUAUCAAUAGGCAUUACCAGAGUACAUUGUGCGAGAAAUUAUAGCAGCGAAAUAUAAGAAUAAUAAUGCC